UCCUUUCAAUUUUAUUCUGUUCAUUUUAGUACUAUACCACUAACCACUCCACUUUGUUUAGUAGUCGGCUCGCUGGAGAGAGAAACUAGCAGAGUACUGUAAGUAGCGAAUAAACAUUUAAGUAGGAGCACUACAGUACUGCUCCAGUGCUCAGACGAAGAGAGAGAGAGGCAAAGCCAGAGAGUAGGGUCUCCGGCGGAAAUGACGGUGUUCGGUCACUCAGGUGGAGGUGGCGGUUUUCGAGGCGGAAGACAGGUUUUUCCAGUGGCUGACGAAGCACAGGUCUCGCAGAGACUCGUCCAAGCUUCGCUUGUUGACGAUCUGAAAUCCGCAUUAGAAUGCGUCUCUGAUCCGUUGGUCGACGUCAACUACGUCGGCGCUGUCUGCCUCAAGCUUCGGAAGACGGAGGUUGUAUUGGGCGAACAAGUCGCCAACCAGGUUCGAGUGGAGUUGGAGGAGCUCAGGACCGACGUUACCGCGUUGUUCGUCGCCGUUCACAAUGGAAACGUUGCUCUCGUCAGAAAGCUACUGAGUGUUGGAGCUGAUGUCAACCUGAGAGUUUUCAAAGGUUUUGCAACCACAGCUGCUGUGAGGGAGGGCAACCUCGAGAUCUUGGAGAUCUUACUCAAGGCUGGGGCAUCUCAAUCUGCUUGCGAGGAAGCUCUGUUAGAGGCCAGCUGUCAUGGACACUCAAAGCUAGCAGAGCUGCUCAUGGCGUCUGACUUGAUUCGGCCCCAUAUAGCUGUACAAGCUCUUGUCACUGCCUGCUGCAGAGGAUUCAUGGAUGUGAUCAACUCUUUAAUGAAGUGUGGAGUAGAUGUGAAUGCAAGUAAUCGUAUGCUGCUCCAAUCAUGUAAACCAUCCCUGUAUACCAAUGCGGACUGUACUGCACUUGUGGCUGCGAUUGUUAGUAGACAGGUUUCUGCUGUCCGUCUUCUACUUGAGGCUGGUGCUAGAACUGAUUUCAAAGUACGACUAGGAGCAUGGUCAUGGGAUAUUGCCUCCGGAGAAGAAUAUCGUGUGGGUGCAGGACUAGCAGAGCCCUAUCCUGUCAUUUGGUGUGCAGUGGAGUAUUUCGAAGUAAGUGGUGCUAUUUUGCACAUGCUACUUAAACAUAUCUCCCCAAGCACCACUCACUUUGGAAGGACUUUACUCCACCAUGCCAUCCUUUGUGGCAACACAGUGGCAGUCAAGAUGCUUAUGAAGUAUGGAGCUCAUGCAGAAGCCACCAUAGAAACCACUAAUAAAGCUGAGUUUCGUCCAAUACACAUUGCUGCACGCCUAGGACUCUCGACGGUUCUUCAAUGCUUGAUUGACUCAGGGUGUGAUCUGAAUUCAAAAACAAAAAAUGGUGAGACGGCAUUGAUGAUGUGUUCCAAAUACAGGAGGGAAGAAUGCCUUAAAGUAUUGGUUAGAGCUGGUGCUGACAUCGGACUGGUCAAUUUAGCUGGUCAAUCUGUGGUUACAGUUGCUAGGUCCAACCAAUGGUAUCUUACUUUUCAACAAGCAAUCUUGGAAGUCAUUCGGAAAGGCAAGAUCCCCAAGUCAAGCAAUAUAUCACUCUUUUCACCUUUAAAUUUUGUAGCUCAGGCUGGAGAUGUUCAAGCCUUGCAAGCUGUGAUUGCUCAGGGGGGUAUUAAUCUUGACACUCGAGAUGAUAGAGGUUACUCAGCUCUUAUGGUUACUGCCAUGGAGGGUCAUGUUGAAGCUUUUCAGCUGCUUUUAUAUGCUGGAGCCGAUGUGAAGCUAAGCAACAAGCGUGGAGAGACUGCUAUCCUGCUGUCUCAAUUGAAUCAAAACCGUGAACACUUUGAAAGGGUGAUGUUAGAAUUUGCCAUUGAAAAGGGUAAUUGCAAUGCUGGAGAGUUUGAUGCCUUGCACUUUGCAGCUCGACAUGGCAACUCAGAUGCAGUAAAGUUGUUGACAAAUCGAGGUUACAAUGUGAACACUCCCGAUGUGAAUGGCUACACACCACUCAUGCUGGCAGCAAGGGAAGGCCACGCGCAUGUUUGUGAACUCUUGAUUUCCUGUGGAGCGGAUAGUAAUAUCAGAAAUGCAAAGGGUGAAACCGCACUUUCACUUGCAAGGAAGAGCGGAGGUCUGAAAAAUAAUGCUGAGAACUUGAUACUGGAUGACCUUGCUCGCAAGUUGGUAUUAAGUGGCUCACAUGUACUGAAGCACACCAAGGGAGGAAAAGGAGCACCACAUAUAAAGUUUGUUAAAAUGAUCCGUGCUGCGGGAGUAUUUCAGUGGGGUAAGUCAAGCAGGCGCAAUGUCAUAUGCCGUGAGGCAGUCUUGGGUCCAAGUUUAAGCUUUCAAACAAUAAGGUGGAAGAAGGGAGAUGGUGAAGCACAUGGAAUCUUUCGGGUGACUACAACAAAGAACAAGGAAUACCACUUUAUGUGCGAAGGUGGAGUUGAAAUGGCAGAGCUGUGGGUGAGAGGAAUAAAUCUUGUGACAAGAGAGGCUAGUUUUUUUAAGUAGGGAGUUGACCAUCCAAAAAAUAGUCUGUUGCUGUAUAGAAAGCUUUAGUCACGGUACUUCAUCUUGAAGUCCAUUGGGUAUUCCUUGCCAUGUAAAGAUACGAUUGCUAUAGUUGUUAUCUGUAAAGCCAUUUUGGAGGGAGUCAAUCGAACAAAACUUCCAUGACGUUAGGUA